AUGUGGCAGAGAUAUGUAGACGAAUUCUUAAUGAUUGAAUCGGAUGGGAGAAAAAUGACUUCAGCAGCUAUCUUAAACCACGACGGUGUCGUUUGGGCUAAAAGCGCCAAUUUCCCCGAGUUUAAAGUUAAAGAAAUAGUUAAAAUCGUGGAAGCGUUUGACUCACCAAGAAAACUUGUUCGAAAAGGCCUACGCAUUGGUGGCACUAAGUAUGAAAUUACACAAGUGGAACAAGAACAUGUAAUAAACGGUAAAAAGGGCACCGGUGGAAUCGUGGUGAAGAAGACGAGUAUGACACUGCUGGUCGGGAUAUACAACGAGCCGAUGACGGGGACGUUGUGCAAUGAGAUAGUUAAGAGGACCGCCCCUUAUGUCAUUGCACAACAAUACUACUCCUAA